GUGCUAGUGGGGGCGUGGCCCGGGAGUCAUGUUGCUGGAGAGCGGACAUGUCGGUCCUCCCCUCAUCGUUCUGUCGGUGUUGGGUCUACCCGCAGUCAGGCUGCGCUCCCCUCUUUUCUGAAGCCGCAGCCGGAGAGGGAACCGGUAAGGGGUUAAAGAACCAUCUGAGACAAAAUGAACCGGCGCAACAGCCAGACCCUGUGUGACAGCAGCGACUUUCUCAUCUGUGGGAACUGCCAGAGAGCGCUGAGGAAGGAUAAGAAAAUGCUAAUUCCUCCGCCUUCAAGAGGACCAAGUGCCUUUAUCCCACAGAAAGAGUUUGGCCAAGCAAAUGAUGUGAAUAAGCUCACCAACAGGCUGGCGGAAGAGUACAGCACAUCCGGGCGUUUGGAUAAUAUCACCCAAGUUAUGAGUUUCCACCCGCAGUAUCUGGAAUCCUUUCUGCGCACACAGUUUUACUUGCUCCGCGUGGAUGGGCCCCUACCGUACCAUUACAGACACUACAUAGCUAUUAUGGCAGCAGCCAGACACCAGUGUGUGUAUCUGAUAAACAUGCACGUGGAAGAGUUUUUGAGCACUGGAGGUUCAGCGGAAUGGCUUAGCGGCUUGGAAUACAUACCUCAAAAGCUGAAGAAUCUCAAUGAAAUCAAUAAACUGCUGGCACACAGACCCUGGCUUAUAAAAAAGGAGCACAUACAGAAACUGGUUAGAACAGGAGAGAAUAACUGGUCUCUGGCUGAGCUGGUACACGCUGUAGUAUUGCUGGCUCAUUACCACGCUCUUGCAAGUUUUGUAUUCGGCAGCGGUAUAAACCCAGAAAGAGAUCCAGAUACCCAAAAUGGCAUCCAGACAGCAGUGAGAAACAAGUUUUGUGUGUGCGAUCUCGCCAACGACAACAACAUAGAAAACAUUUCUCAGACAAGUAAUGAUGCUGAGCAAAAUGGGGAUUAUGAAAGUGAAUUAGAAGCUCUGAUGGAAAGAAUGAAGAAACUCCAAGAGGAAAGAGAGGACGAAGAAGCUUCUCAAGAAGAAAUGGCGACACGUUUUGAAAAAGAAAAGAAAGAAAGUCUUCUUGUAGUUUCUGGAGCCUUUGAUGAAGAGGUAAUCUCCACGUCAAAUGUCUCUCGUUAUAUCGAAGACCCCGGCUUUGGUUAUAAGGACUUUGCCAGACGAGGAGAGGAGCACUUGCCUACAUUCCGAGCUCAUGACUACUCUUGGGAAGAUCAUGGCUUUUCCCUGGUGAACAGGCUGUACUCUGACAUUGGCCAUCUUCUAGAUGACAAGUUUCGGAUGGUGUAUAACCUCACGUACAAUACCAUGGCCACACACGAAGACGUAGAUACCACCAUGUUAAGAAGAGCCUUAUUUAAUUACGUGCACUGUAUGUUUGGCAUCAGGUAUGAUGACUACGAUUAUGGGGAAGUGAAUCAGUUACUGGAGCGCACUCUGAAGGUUUACAUUAAAACAGUCACCUGCUACCCCGAGCGAGCCACCAAGCGCAUGUAUGAUAGCUACUGGCGUCAGUUCAAGCACUCGGAGAAGGUGCACGUGAAUAUACUUCUGAUGGAAGCCCGUAUGCAAGCCGAGCUUCUCUACGCUCUCCGUGCAAUAACCCAGCACCUGACCUGAGGGGUCUCUCAGCCCUUACAGAGCACCUGAGACAGUCUGUGAUGUAGCACCCAACAUAUAUGCAUACCUAGUAUCAGAGUUUGCCCAUAUUCUGUGGGGUAAUGUGCAAUGAUUUCCUAUUUGUUUCCCCAUCGUAUUACUAACGUUAGCAGACAUAGCACUACUAUUUCCUUUUAUUCUCUUUUUCUUUUGUUUUUUUUACUGUUCAGCAGUACCUGGUAUACUGACAGCAUUUCCAUUGCAUUUUCCAUUAGACUGAGAUUUUUUUUUUUAAAGCCUAUAUGGACUGGCUUGUAUUGGUAUUUUCUACAACAGAAAAGAAUAUCCCAUCAAACCCGAAAAAUAAGCUGUACUGUUUGCACUCAAAGCCUGCAAUAUGGCUGAAAGGACUGAUUUAGUGCCAUAAACAUCAAUGGAAUCCCUUGUUCUGCGUAUGUUUCGCUAGCAAUAUGAAGCUGCUUCAGUGCCCGCGGGACUCACUAAAGCGGCCAAAAAAUAACUUUUUUUACUAAAGUCUUUACUGAUAAAUCAAAUGUGAAAUGGAGCCCUGCAUUAUAGUUUUGCAGCAGUGCUACUGAAUCGCUCCUGUGUUAACCCUUUGACAGCCUGCAACGCCAGGAGGUUUAAACUGAAGAUAACAGUGGAAUGUUUAAAAUCUGUGUAUUCCAAGUUUCUGAGAUGUGCACUUAUUCUAAUGAGUGUGGUAAGUUACCCUUGGUAAUGGGGUAGGAUAGGGCUGUGUUCCUUGGAAGAAAGAAGGGCUCAUUUAUAA